UCACGUUCCACGUUUCGUAUUUGCGUGUUGUGUACUUUCCCACUUCUACCACCUGCGUAACUACGAUUUUAGCAUAUGUCACAGAAGCUCCUACUAGAGAAGAGCAGUCGUACGUAUCUCUCCAGUAAGCUUAAUCUUGAGUGUUUCGGCACUUUUUCGGUCCCGAACUGCAAGUUCACGCCAUGUCUGGACACGGCCACGGCGGCGGACACGGCCACGGUUGCUGUGAAUGCGAUCACGAACCAGCAGAGCGAGGUGUGGAAUAUGAGCUGUACAGACGCAUUGAUAUCGAGAAGCUUCAGUGUUUGAAUGAGAGCCGAGACGGAGACGGUAAACUGGUGUUCAAGCCUUGGGAUCAACGCACUGACAGGGCGAAGUUUGUUGAAAGCGAUGCUGACGAGGAGCUUCUGUUCAAUAUACCGUACAAGAACAUCCCUCAAAUGUCAUUUGACGAUACAAGCAGAGAGCCAGAGCAAGCGUUUCGUCUAAACAGGGAUCCGCUUGCUGAGCUUGAGUAUCCAACCAAGAUUGCAAGAUUCUCCAACGUGCAGCACUUAUCAAUCCACAUAACUCGAAACUUUGGGGCAGAAUCCACUCGUGUGUAUUACAUUGGUCUGCGGGGAGAGUACACAGAGGCUCAUAGGCAUGAAGUCACAAUCUGCAACUAUGAAGCAGCAGCCAACCCAGCAGAUCACAAAGUGGAAACUAUUACACCCCAAACACAGUUCAUAUCAUGACAAAUGGAGGAGAGAGAAUCUCACGUGUGCUGUGUGAAACUAUAAAAGUGUGCAUGAGUUUUGAUAACGGUGAGAUGAUAAACUGAGAGAGCCUAUGUGUUCUUUGAUGUGUUCAACAGGGUUUUCUUCACAAGGGUUUGUUCAUCUGCAAUUCUGCUAAUGUGCCAGUAAACCUUAGGCUAUAUAAGCAUAAUUACUUAAUGUAUGCUUAUGUCAAAUAAAAAGUGUAUGCUUCAACAAACAGAACAGAUGAGCUGUGCAAGAAGUCUGUUCCUUAAAAACCAUCUCUAAAGAAUGCUAUAUAGUGGAAAUUUUGUUGUUCUUAUUCUCAUUUUUACAAUGUCUUAUACAUUAAUUUAAUAUUGUUUUGCAUUAUUACCUUAGGUAAAAAAUCUGACAUUUAAA